AUGGCCAAAAUUUUCUUUUUAAUAUGCACGGCUGCAAGCCAAUGCUUGGCUUGCUUGACCUCUUGGCCGGCUCUGGAGAUAGAGUUGGAGGAGGAGGAGCUCCAAUUUAGUAGCAGCAAGAAUAAAGAUUCGAGUUCUGGCUCGGUCAUGUGGUUUGGUGAUGCUUCCUCUUUGUCUCAAAGUAGUCUUAGGAAGACCAGAACCUUCGACCGACAUAAUCCUUAUGCUACUCCUCAGCCGCCGCCAACAACUACAUGCUCUGUCUUCGUCUCUUCUUCGAGGGUGGCUUUUCCAUUUUCCCUCUCUCCAACAAUUCAGAAUCAACAACCGUUUUUAUACCGGAGUGACCUUUCAAGACAAAGACAACAACAAAUGAUCUCAUUCGGUCCUAAACUUCAGGUGCAACCAUGUUUAGUACAACAACAACAACUACUCUUGCAGUACUGGAGAGACAUUCUGAAGCUGAGCCCGAGCGGAAGAAUGAUGAUGAUGAAAAUGUUAAGUCAAGAAGGUGAUCUGCCACCGCCGAUUCAACCCUUCAGCGCCACCAAGCUAUAUAGAGGGAUCAGACAACACCAUUAG